AGGAGUGAACGGCCAUUGAACAAAAAGAAGAAGCAGAAGAAGAAGAAGAAGUCAUCAACGCUCUCCUUCUGUCCGUCGCAUCCAGGCAGCUCAAGGCUAACGACCCUCUGAAUGAAAAUGCCGUCGUCUUUAUUCAACAUUCCCUUGGUUUCUUUUAUACUGGUUUUUAUUGCGUCACAUUUCGGAGAGGUGUUCGCCGAUGGUAAAGGACGAGGAUUUGGGGACCAUAUUAACUGGAGGAGCCUUGAAGAUGGGAAGAAGGAGGCAGAAGCAAGUGGACUCCCUCUGAUGGUCAUUAUUCACAAGACUUGGUGUGGAGCCUGUAAAGCUUUAAAGCCCAAGUUUGCUGAAUCAAAGGACAUCUCUGAGUUGGCUCACAACUUUGUCAUGAUUAACUUGGAGGAUGAAGAGGAGCCAAAAGAUGAGGCCUUCAGCCCAGAUGGCGGAUACAUUCCAAGAAUACUUUUCCUUGAUCCCACUGGCAAAGUCCACUCUGAGAUCACGAACAAGAAUGGGAACCCCAGCUACAAGUACUUCUACAGCAAUGCAGAUCAAGUUGUGGCUAGCAUGAAGGAAGCUCAAGACAAUCUGACUGGCGAUACCUUCAGGACCCCUCACAUCGGGGAUGAACUCUAAGAAGAAGGGAAGAAGCGGCAUGGAAAGAUCUCAGCCAGAAUACUGCAUCACCUUACUGGCCACAUUAGAUCCAUCCAUCCAUCUCCAACCUCAACUCCUCCUGCCAUUUCAUUUGAUCUGCUAUAGCACAAGACAAACUUCAAAAAUGAAGGAAUUUAUAAUGCGUUUACGGAUUACAUUUUAAAGUAUCGCAGCUUGCGGUCGAUUGGCUUAUUACUUUGAGAACCAAAGCAUACUUACUGUCCAUGUCACAUAAAGGGUGCUAAAAGUUUUUUUUUCAUCUUGCAUUUCAGAAAUUUAAAGCUUACGUGUCCAUAUUGAUUAUUCAUGUUGAAAACAAUCGCCCCUCUUGACUGCAUUCUUAAGGCACUCCAUGUUUUUUAAGAAACAUGCCAGUAAGGCAAUGCUCAUGUGCUUCCAAGCCAUAUCUUGCAAGCUGUGGUAAUACUGAUCCAGUUACACAGUCACUUUUAUGAAGAGCUUUAUAAUCCCUAAACUGUACCCACCUAAAAACUAUUAUGUAUGUUUUCAUGAGCGUACCAGUUCUAUUAUGUUAAAAGUUAUUAGAAAUGCUAACAGCAUCUCUUAAACUUGCCAAGUUUUAGUCCUCAAUAUAUGGAGCCGGCUUUCAUUUCAAAGACAGAUUUUUACUAUUGAUAAUACUUGUGAAUUAAUGCCUGUAAUGUGAACUGAUACUUUUUUCUUUUCUUUUUUUUUCUCUUUUGGGAUUGAGGGGGAAUUGUCCGUCUUCGCCAUACUGUAUUUUUUACCAAUAUGUAAAAUGAGGCUACAAAUAAAGUUGAUAUAAAAUAUUGGAA